AUGUUCCACUAUGAACCCUCCACUUUGUGCACCCCCAUUGGAACCCCCGCCAUAUUUGCUGCUUUUUCUGAGGUGAACUUCGACUAUUGGUCCAGCCCUCGAUCUGUUCCUUGGCGCGGCGAUGGCCCGCGCCUCUCAGAACUGGGGGAGCGCUGGGAUACCGAGAGCGAGAUGUCUGAGCUGGUCUCGGCCAAGUUCUUUGCGUCGCUGGAAGCGAAAGGCUUCAGCAUCAUCAGUAUCAAAAUCGUGGAGAAAGUGGGUGGUUUGAACGGCAGCAAAAUCUGCAUGCAGAUCGUGGUGGUGCGACGCAUCACCAUUUUACUCCUGCGCUUCUUUUUACCCUUGAGUUUUCUUCUCUUCAUCCCCUUCGCUGGUUUUUUCAUCCCCAUCGAGUUGGUGAUGCCUCGCGUGGCGACGGGAUUCAUUUCUUUCUUGUCCCUGCAGGUCUUUCGGACCAUGGCCUACUCGCUGAUUCCGAAGCCAUCCUCGUCCUUGCUGUGGAUGGACGUUGCCAUGUUCUCCGUGACGGUCAUCAUGUUCGUUUCGCUUCUGGAGAACGUCUUGGCGCAGGUCCUGAGGGCUGCCAUUUCGAGCCAAGCCUCGCGCUUCGUGGACAACCUGUCGCGGGUGACCUUUCCGUUGAUGGCCUUGUUGAUCCUGUUUCUGCUCUUUGCCAUGGGAGCAGCCAGGACGGAUACGAACACAACCAUGGCAGUGUGUUUAACUUUGUUGUGUGUCUGGCUGGUGUCUUUCAGCUUUGCUGUGACUUUCUACUGCCGCUAUUUAGCGCGCAUGCUGAUGAAGACGCUGGUUAAGCACGUCUCAGCCAAUUCUCGGUACAACGUCAUCUCCUUCGACCAAAAGGAGCUGCGGGUGGUCUUUGAAGUCUUUGAUGAGGAAGACACUGGCAGCAUUGCAGCAGACAAGGUCUUCCAAAAGCUCCAGCGACAUGGCCUUUCACUGGCUCCCGAGGGUGCCACAAAAUUCCAGGAGCGUUUGAGGGCGGUCUUUCAACGCCUGGAUGCAGCCAAGGGGCAAUUGGAUCUCAAGGGUUUCUGCCAGAACUUCCAAGAGCUCUUCCACUUGGAUCGCGCGGCUCGCGCGCCCGACGAGCCGCACGAGGCGCAGGACGUCGAAGGCUCCGUGGAGACGCUGCAGCUCGACGAGGAGGAAGGAACGCAUCCCUUUGAGGCCUUGCUGGAAGCGGCCGCGCACGCCUCGGCCAUGGCAGCUUUACCUGUGGCUCAGAUCUUUCAGCGCGUCUUGUGGUCGGCGGCGCGCAUGGACUACAACGACAUUCAGUCGCAGAAGAUCCUGGGGGAGGCAUCCUCCAUUCUGCGGUUCGCCCUGAGUCCUCGCGCUCAGCCAGAGGCGCAGUUGAAGGUCAUGAUGGAGGCCUUUCAGCAAGCCCUGGUCAGUGCACUGCCGGGCUUGCGCAAUGAGACGGCGCCACGGAAGCUCUGCGAGGUCUUGGCACAAGACGGUCCCAUCAAGGACAUUCGAACGGCUCUGCAGCAAUGCAUCAUGGAUUGGCGACGUGAGUCUGGUAUGGCCUGA